UCCUUCCAUGCAAUGGGGCCAAACAUCCUUAGCCCCAACUAACCAUCGCCACCGUCGUCCCCAUUCAUUUAUCUCACCGGAAAACGACACAUCACUGCCACCACUGCCCCCACCGAAGCCACCGUGUCGGCCUGUCCUGUCUUCUCCCAUAACUGCUCUGCAUUGCAUUGCAGUCCCACUCUCUGCUUCAAAAAUUAACCAAACACCACUGAAGAAAACUAUAAGGAAGGCAUCUCAUUCUCCUGUCACAAUUACUACCCGCAUCUGAAUUCGAGAUGGGCUGCUGCGAGAGCACUACCCGUCAAGCUGCGGCUUCACUGCUGCAGCCGCUGCCCGCUUCCGAUCAGAUCAAAGGAGCUUCAGUAGUGGAGGUGGAGGAGAAAGUCAAAGAAGUCCUCUGUGAGACUCCGGCCGCUUUGAAGCCCGUAACGCCACCCGUUACGAUGAAGCCUCAAGAACCACUGCAGAACCACGAGCCACCACCGCACAAGAUUGGCCAAGCGCAGCCGCCGCCACCAACAGCCACCCCGUCCUUAUCCGAAAAGUCAAUGCCGGUGCCAGAACCCUCCAAAGUCAGGGGCCUGAGUGAAAGGAACUCCUCCACGCCCGCCAGUCUCGCCGGCAGUGGCGAGGCCAAGCAGAGGGCUGAGAGGUCUCCGGUGAAGCCAAGGCCUACCCGGACCCGCUCUUUAUCAGGCGAUCUUAGUACGAGCAUGGCUCGGGGUACGGGCAGGUCGCCGACCCGUAUCCGACCUGAUGGGAUUGGAGGAUCCGUGAGGAUUGUGCAGAGCAGAGAAGCGACGUGGUCCCAGAGGUUCGACCCCGGGGAGAGAUCCGGGAGGCGGUCCGGGCCUGGGUCCCCGGCAAAGCGGGCCAGCAUCAACGCGGGGACGAGAUCGGCCGUGGACCGGAUCCCAUCGAUGAGGAAGAUGGACCUGUCUCCGGGCCGGGUCAGGAGGGAUCCGAACGCUAGCAGUAAGAGAUCAAUGAACGGUGGAGAUCCAAAGCAAAGGCAAUCGAAGGGGAGGGAGUCGCUCGAGAGUCCGUUGGUUUCAUUGGAAUGCUUCAUCUUCCUCUGAGCAAGCAAUGCCCGCCGCCGGGAAGAGGAGGCGGUGGCCGGAGGGAGCGUUGAACCGGCGGGAGGAUAGUAGUUUUCCGUUGGGGAUGACCUGCUCUUCCAUUUCUACCCUCGUUGUUCCACGUUGACAACAUAUCUUAACACCCGCUCUCACGUGGCAACGUGUAGUUCAACACGUGCCACAAGUUCUUAAAUACUAUCCCUCAACAACUGAUCACGAGACGGACAUCCUCUUUCAACGGGAGACAAACACCAAUCCAAACUACACAUCAAUCCAAACAGCCCCUCAGCGUCAUUGCAUUUGUGGGAUGUAGGCUGGUUUUUUUAAUAGCACAGGCAUAAGCAUUCACUUUUCGAGUUAUUCUCACUCUAAAUAGUAGGCUAUUUCCUAUGUACCUUAGUAGAAAACAAGAACGAAAGCAGAAGUGGCAUUUAGUUUUGA